AUGCCUCUGGUUCAAAGGACGUUUUGUGGGAAUACAACUUAUCCCAUUGAUCAAAUGGAUCACAGUAUUAGCUGUCAAGACAGAGCUGAUCUUCUAGAUACAAUUUUGCAUGGUAAUGCCAAUGACAUUGCAAAUAAAAUAAUGGAAAUCAAACAAACAAGAAAUGUGAUUGAAAAAAUCUUCAAAGAUGGCAUUGAUUCGGAUGCAGCUCAGAUGACAAAUAAUAAGUCAGUUUUGUUCAGAAAAACUUUUGAAGAUCUACAGUCAUUUAAGUGGGCAGAUGUUGUCAGUGAAAUGGUCAAUAGUCAGCCUUCUCUAACAAAUAUGUUGCUUGCUGUAAUGUCCAGAAACAAGGUGACAACAGAGUGUCUUCCAGAAAACUUGGUGCCAAAACUGGGGUUGAUAUACGGCAUAUUGAUGCAGGAACGUUACCACAAGCUGAGUUUAGUCCAGAGAAUGUUGGCUGUUGUUUUAAAAGAUGAACAGACACAUGAAAAGGUAUUUGAUCGAUUGGAACCCAUUGACAUAACAAGCUCAUACUCAACAUUACUCAGGGUCAUAGAGGAAGUUGGUGAUUGCUGUUAUGAUAACAUUCUUGGUGAGCUAAAAGAUGGGAAAAGGUAUCGUCUCAUAGGUGAUAAUGUAAAUUUUCAAGUUGGGAAAAAGUUUCAGCGCAGCAAUGACAAGAACAAUCAACAAUAUCACUGGUUUGCAUCAUGUGCUGUAAUUCAAAAUUGUGAAUUUGAACAAUACUCAGAUGCCACUCAAGGACCAGUAAGAGAGCUUAACAUGACACAUAUAUUACCAUCUGAUUCUGAUAUUGCUGCUUUGAAGACAAAUUAUUCCUGUCACAUAGCUAAAGUAGCCCAGGAACUUAUUCCAGCAUUGUCUUUUCUCACUGCUACUGAUUUCAGACCUGAAUACCCUGACAUCAUUCAAAAGAAAAAUGGGUCAAUUCUCCUCCCUGUUCAACCUCUAAAUGAGCAAUACUACACAGAUGUGGUCAAAAUUUUGGACUCUUAUCAGGAGUUUGUUACAGAAAUAAAUGAAAAAUCAGAAAUCAGCUUCAAUUCCAUACAAAUUGGGGGUGAUCAAUUAACACGCGAGAGAUUUUCAGGUGCCAAAACUCUUCGAAGUGGUGCAUAUACAGCCAAAGAAAGAUUCAAGAAUCUCUACCCGAUAUCAUUUGAGCUUUUUCAUACCUCCAUGAACUUUCUGGACUUGAUGUUCAAAAUACUUUUUAACAAAAAGGUAUUUGAAAAAGGAACAUUAAAUGGAGAGAAAAUCAAGAUAAAUAGGUCAUCUGUACAUGAAGACGUCAAAAAUCAUUAUGAUGAUGACAAGGACUUUAUUGUCAGCUUUGUAAAAUCGUAUAUUGCUGCUGCUCUCAUGGAAUAUUUUGGUAUGCAAGACAUGGACUCACCAUUAACAAAACAUAAACCUCCAUCAGACCCCUCAGAACUUAAAAAAUGGCAGGAUGAUGUCCUUGCAAAUUUCCUGGAUGAAUACAUAUUCCAAAAACAUCAGCAAAUAAACUGCACAAAGAAAACUUUAAAUUUGAAGUUACCAGAUGGGACACAGAUUCAAAUCCAUAUCCCAUUAUCAAAUCAACAAACUGUAAGGAGUCAGAAUAAUGGGGAUGAUGUGUACAACUAUGGAGUUUUGGUAAUGGAAUUGGGACUAAUGUUUCUAGAAUUUCAGGAAGUUUGUAAAACUCCUGAUAGAGCCAGGUUGAUGGCAGUUCUGAAAUGCAUGAUGAUGAUGUUCAAAACAGUAAACAACAAUUCAAAGUAUGCAUUGGAAAUUUUGCGUUUUCUGUGCUUUCACCAGUCAUCAUAUAGCCUACAGACCUCAUAUCAGUCCAUUCACGGUCUGUUUGUGAAUACACAGGGGAGACUAGACUCAUCCAUCCCUGCAGACCUACAUAUGGAGCAUAUGGUCCAAAAGACCAAAUCUAUGCUUAAAAGCCUGGGCUCCAACAAAACACCCGAAAUCAUCAUGAAAAGGUCAAAAGCAUUAGCUGGAAUGGAUGCCAUCUCUCAUCAAUAUGACACGGACACAAGUGUCAUUUUACGUUCUCAUCGACACAAAUUGAAAAGUGCCAAAGAUGAUGAAUUGAAAAUGAUGCAAGAUAUUUGUGAAGUUCAUCCAUUUAAACAUACACCUGGAAGAUCUUUUGAAUUUUUCAAAGGACUAACUAGUCCUCUUCUCUUUUCUGUUGAUGCUGAAAAAUACAAGGCUUGGGUGCAACAUCAUCAGAGCAUCCUGGACUAUGACUCUGGGAAGUAGGCUACUUAGUUGUGUUGAGUGGUACUGUACAACACGGCUGUUUUCUGGACAAGGAGUACCCAGAUACAUGUCAUCUUUCAAUAUGCGUUUUGCAAGGUCAUAACUGUAGGCACACCAUUUUAACUUGGAAUAUAUUAUUGUAAGAGGGAAAGAAUCUGCAUUCAUUAGAAGAUCAAGAAAAACCGGUUUGUAAAUGUAGUCAUAUGCAAACUCUACUUUGUUAUUGCCCCCAGUUGAUGGAGGGCGUUCUCGAAUAAUUAUCUUUAUGUUGCCAUUAAGAAUAGGUAAUGAUCUAAGAAAUACAGGCUUUCUCAUAGUAAGCUGUGAAGCAAUUGUUUUUUGAAGUUUUACAGAAGCAGUGGCUGUUAAUGCUAGGACAGAGAUGAGGUUUGAGUCUAUGGAUCUUACGUUGCAAAUAUUUUUAAACAUGGGUCUAAAUUCCUCCCCCCACUGUGGAACCAGGUGGGCUUCGUCCACUACAAUAUAUGUUCGUCUGUGAAGUGUUGACAUCUUUUCUAGAAUACUUGGCUUAGUGAUAUCCUCUGGAUGUCCAACAACAUACAAAAUAGACUUCAACUUGGUUAAAUUGUCACUCUCGUCAUCAUUUACUAGAUCUGAUGCUCUUAUUGAUUUAGAACCCAGUUUUGCAAUAUCCUGCUCUAUGAUGACAUUCAAUGGACAUACUAAUACAACCAAACACUGUCUAUCAUAUAAUGAAAAGUCAACAAAAGGAAGAAUUUCAAAUAUUAAAGACUUUCCAUAGCCAGUGGGCAAUAUUGAUAUACAGUCAUUUUUUAGAGCACUUUUGAUUGUUAUAACUUGCUUUGGUUUCAGAAAGUUUAUUUCUGAACCACAAUGUAAAUUCAACAGCUGUAGUCCUCUUUUGAAUUUAAUAUUCUCCUCAAUGUUGCAAAUACCAGCCUAAAGAUAGAGAUGAAAAUGAAUUUUAACGACACCUUUGGCAGGGAUAGGAAAGUUGAAUGUAAAUCGGAUAAAGAUGAAUUUAACCAAGAUUCAAAAGUAAAGAAUGAUAAAAAAAAAAUCAAACUUGAAAGAUGUAGAGAACAAUAAAGAAAUAAAUCAUAUUUAUGAGAUAAAAAAAUUUUAAAAUAUUUCUGACUCAUACAAUAAACAGAAUGUACACUAAAUAAUUAUUUGUACCCAAAUGAUAGAGGCAACUAAACAGACUAAUACAUGUAAGUAUAGGUUGGCAAAAGACAAAAAUUAUGGAAGCAGCAAGUCUCUACGAAGAAGACAUUUUAGAUACAUUUGUACAUGCAUUAUAAUAUUAGACAUGCUGGAUAGUACAGGUAUUAGAUCAUGGUGACCUACCAAAUUAGCACUACUUUUGACUUACUAAACAUCAGUAGUGGUGGGAUUUGAACCCACAAGUCUCCAUGAAAUAGAAAUAUUAGAUACAUGCAUUAGAGUAGAUAUGCUGGAUAGUACAGGUAUUAGAUCAAUCAUCAUGGUAGAAGAAUUGUAAAAUGGACAACAUGCAAAUGAAUGAAUGUAUUAACUGUACAUAUCAAAAGAUAGCUUGGGUAAAAAGAUGACCAUGCAUGCAAGGAUAGUACAGGUAUUAGAUCAUGGUGACCUACCAAAUUAGCACCACUUUUGACUUACUUUAAACAUCAGUAGUGGUGGGAUUUGAACCCACAAGUCUCCAUGAAAUAGAAAUAUUAGAUACAUGCAUUAUAGUUGACAUACUGGGUAGGGUGUUGGUAACAUGCAAUUAUGAGAUUAACAGGGGGUUGGAAAUAAUUUUAACCUCCCCCAUGCAGGCUAUACACACCAACAUUGAGCAUGCAAACAAUACAGAAAUGGAUGCAAUAUUGGGAGGGUUCGGGGAUAAACAAUGCAAAACUAAACCCUUUAACUGUAUUUGGUUGAGAUGACACUGCCUAGAAUAAGAUAUAGUUUAAGUAUAAACACUUUCCUCACGUAAAGUAUGCGCAACAGUGGGUCAAACCACGUGGAAUCGCGAUCGAAAACUUUGGUCGUUCUGCUACAUUAAAUGGGGAGCGACAUAUGCAAAAUUGCAUACCAAUACACAGAUCAGUCAUAUAUACACGGGAUGCGAUAAUAAAAUUUCGAUGUCGGUACAAGACAAUGUAAAUAUUGGAAGUCAAUUUUGACUACCUCCACGUGUUCAAAAUGUAAACAAUUUUCAGUCUGGUGAUUUCGAAGCUAUUUUCGUCUAAAUAAGUAAAAAGAAACGGGAAAUAAAAAGAAAA